UCUCGGAGGCCGUAGGUUCAUAGUCGUUGGCCUUCCUCCGAUCGGGUGCUUACCGCUCCAAAUGACGCUAAGCGUGGUUCAUUCUGUCGUCCGGACGUGCGUCGAUGAGCAGAACUCAGAUGCGCGGCACUACAAUUCCAAGCUCAAGCACCUUCUGCUCAAGACCCAGCAAUCUCUUCCCGGGAGCAAGUUUGUCUACCUCGACUUGUAUGACUUCUUGAUGGAGGUCCUCAACAAUGCAGCCAAGCAUGGUUUCCAUGAAACCAAGAGAGGAUGUUGCGGGACGGGGCUGUUCGAAGUAGGUCCUCUUUGCAACCGGUUGAACCCAGCUUGCCCGGACGCGUCGAGAUUUGUGUUUUAUGAUGCCAUCCAUCCGUCGCAGAGAUUUUAUGAGUUGAUCACCGACUACGUUGUGGAGGACAUCAUUCCACAUUUGCGACGACGAGUGUGAUUAACGAGCCUG